AUGCUCCUUGUAAUUGCUAGUCUGUUAGUAGUCAGUAGCUUAGCGUACGUACACAUUCUUGAUCAUGCUCGUUUCAAUAUCGGUAGAUUGCGCGAUGCCGUUAAAACGGAUGGCGAAGAGUAUGUUCCGUUCAUGUAUAAGCCCAGGCCCAAGCUUGUCUUUAAUGAACAAAAAAAGAUAAGAAUCCAACAAUUUGAUAAAAGGGACAAUAUCAUUUCGGUUUGUCCACUUAUAUCUGUCUCCCCGAAGAAAAGGGCUAAGAAUAUCGCAUAUAAUUCCCUCCAAGACAUUGUUUCCUGCAGCAGGAACAAAUUACUUACUCUCUACUCUACUUGUGGCUGCAAAAAUUGGCAUGAUAAAAUUUAUUCUCUGGGCUUGUGUGAUGAAUACUAUGCUUUGUGUUUAACCUGCACAUGGAACAAUCCUUCAAAGGCCUUUUUGCAGACCAUUAAGCAGAUUCAUGGCUAUCAAAAGAUUGAACGAGACCCUCCUUUUGCAAAAAAAAAAGCUCCUCCCCCAAAAGUUGAUGAUUUGAUUGAGGAAUAUGUUGAGGAAAAACGUAUUUAUGAUCAAUACAUCGCUGAAAAGAGGCUGUGUCAGAGUGAGGGGAGAGAACCACCACCCAGGCCUGAUUUUAGGUCCGUUGUUACAUUCAAAAAAUAUUAUCCUCACGAUAAUUUACAAACAAAAGUGUUGGAUUAUAUUGAAGAAUUUUAUAAAAUUAACUUCAUUGAGCCAGACUAUUGGAGAAUCACAUUCAAUAAGCACUUUAACAAAAUGUACAAUAUGUUUCACAAUGAAUUGCUCAAACGCCCUGCUAACAAUUCAAAAUUGCCAGAUAUAGAACAAUCGGCUACGAAUAACAAACUUAUUAACUUUUUGCUUGUUCCUAUUACUGAUAGCCAGUUAAUCAAGAACAAGAACAAAUUGAACCGAGUAUUCAAGCGUAAAAUGUAUUCCCAUGCCAAGAAAAUUAUAUUCCACGAAAUUAUCCUAAAGCUCCUUAUCGAAAAUAAUAUAAAGUACUCGGAUAUGCCUGCAAUCCUGUUAUACAGGCUUAGAUCGACUCCAGACUUUGCAAAAUUAACCAGAGACGAUGGCAUGGAAGCACUGGGGGCGGCACAGCUUCUAGACUAUAAAUGUAAAAAAUUAGUGCUAAACACGGUCUUUUCAAGUGACCAACUAGAAUUUGUUGGUAAAAUCGGUGGGUUCUCCACUAUUGAUCCACUUGCAAUUGAAAAACUAGAUGACUUGUUGUCGAAAAGAGCUGAAUUGCCACUGCCUUGGGAAAAAACGCCAUUGGAUCCGUUGCUAUCCCUAAUUUAUAUAAGCUAUCAGUAUCAUUUAAGGAAGCUGAUAGAUGACGCCAAGCCGAAGUUUAAUUACCAAUUUUUAUACCCUAAAAAAACCAUUUAA